CGAGCAGAUGAAAGUCUGCUCCUUUUCCUUAGAUGUUAAGAAAGAUGAAAAAAUUUAGUGAGACAGAGAUCGAGAUGGGAAAGGAAGAACGCGAGGAAAUUGAAUCAUCGUCACAAGAAGAAGAAGAAGACAGUGAUGAAGACGAUUAUGAGAGAGGACUGGUAGAGAAAUGGAAAACCCACUACUCAUCAAAGCACAGAAUACUCUUGGUUGGGGAGGGAGAUUUCUCCUUCUCUCUUUGCCUGGCCAGAGAGUUUGGUUCCGCCCUCAACAUGGUUGCCUCCUCGCUUGAUAGCCAAGAAAACAUAACGAACAAGUACAGUAAUGGAGUGGAGAAUGUUAGGGAGCUAGAAGAGAGAGGAUGCUUGGUUCUCUAUGGAGUUGAUGCAAAGCAGAUGGGCCGCCAUUACUUCCUCAAGACUCAGAGGUUUGAUCGGAUUGUCUACAACUUCCCCCAUGUGGGUUUUCUCUUUCGAGAGGCUAGUUACUGCCAGAUCCAGUUGAACAAGAGACUGAUAAAGGGUUUCUUGAAGAAUGCAAAGGUUCUGCUGAGGGAGAAUACAGGGGAGAUUCAUAUAUCGCACAAGGAGGGUGAUCCCUACAACAAAUGGGAUUUAGUUAAGAAAGCAGAGAAGAUAGGGUUGGUUCUCCAUGAAGCCGUGCCUUUUAACAAAGAUGAUUAUCCAGGAUAUAAUAACAAGAGAGCUCAAGGAAGCUCCUCCAAUGAUUCCUUUCACCUUGGCGAUUGCAGUACUUACAAGUUCAUACGCAAACUCUCCCAUAUUUGAUUGUAAUGAGAUUACAACUGUUAAACUCUUGACUAAUGAUGGUAUGGUCAACGGCGAGGGAACUUUGGUAAAAUAUGUUGCUUUCCUAUGACCAUCUAGUUUGUUUCAGUAUCUAUGUUUGAAUGACAAAAGCUUUUUCCUAUGACCAUCUA